CAACGACAGCAGUAGCAUCAAAUAAUUCAUUCAAAUAUCAAUAAACAAUCGUGAAAAUGGACGAAGGUGUCUCUGUCCAGCACGAGAGCAAAAAUCUUGAUAUCAAGCAGGAGAAACAGGAAAAUGUGGAUAAUUUUAAGUACGAGUUUGACUCUGGAAGUCAAGAUAGCAGUAAAAGUGGAAGUGGGGGUUAUCAGAGGUGGGCACCCAAUUUAAAUGGAGUGCGAAAAAGUGCGUUUACGCCGUAUAAAUCUGUGCAGUGCACUGCUCUUACCAACUUGCAAAGAGGUAACACGCAAGCGCGGGUCCCUGAGCUGCCACAGCCCGACUGUAGCUUCCACGCGAAGGCUGGCCGCGGGGAGAUCACCCGAGAGGACGUGAAACUGGAGCAGUAUGUCGAUAUCACCGAUGAGCACGGACUUACGGCGCUGCACUGGGCAGCUAGUUAUGGACAACUGAAUAGCUGCCAGGACUUAGUGUGGUGUGGUGCCAAUGUGAACAUGCGAGGCCCAGAGGGUGAGACGGCACUACAUCUGGCCGCGGCCGGGGGGCACCACGAGGUUGUCAAGUUCCUACUCAACGAGGGGGCUGAUGCUGACAUACAGGAUGAUUCGGGCAGCACAGCCUUGAUGUACGCGGCUGCGGCAGAUUUCCCCUACACGUGCAACGAGCUGCUGCUGCGCGGCGCCGACCUCACACUAACCAACGACUAUGACCAGGACGCCUACACCCUCACCACCACUAACAAUAGCAAACUAGCACAAACUGUGAUAGAGAAUUUCCUUAUUGGCUGUCUCAGCAAAGCUUGAAGAGACCACUGGACCAUUUUGAGUUUCUUCGAACCACCACCAGCACUGCAGUUUGAUUUGCUACAGCAUUAAAAAUACAGGGAUUUAGUUUAUAAUGUAAAUUUUAUUAAAAUAUAUUUUUAAGUUCAUAAUAUACAGAUACUGUGAUGUGUCAUUAAGUAACUGAAAUACAGACAAUAUUACUGUUACAA